UCACUCCACUGUGUAGUUCAGCCGGCCAACGUCACGACGCAUCGACCCCUCAGUGGGACCACAGCUCCCAGAACACACCACGGCACGCAUGCGCAGUCUGAGCACAUGAAGGACGAAAACAGAUGAUCGUGUUCGUGCGGUACAACCUGGGCCCAGGUGUGGCCGUGGAGCUGCAGGAGGAGUCCAGCGUGGCCGAGCUGAAGGAGCUGGUGGGGAGUCAGCAGGGGGUCCGACCCGAGCAGCUCCGGGUUCUGUUUGCUGGGACGGAGCUGCAGAACUCCUCCACGCUGCAGAGCUGCGACCUCCCGGAGCAGAGCACCGUCCACGUGGUUCUACCUCCCGCUGGUUCCUCCUCUCAGCUCCAGCAGAACCAUCUGACCCGACCGGACCUCGGCUCCUCCCACCUCCCCCCCUCCUCUCCCUCCUCACCUGGCCUGGCUGAGGUUCUGGAGGGGAGGCAGGAGGCUGCAGGUGAGUCACCCUCAGGUGUGCGUACCUGCAGUACUUUCUACGUGUACUGUAAGAGCUGCAGGUCGGUCCAACCUGGAAAAUUGAGAGUUCGCUGCCAAAGCUGCAGACAGACGACCAUGAUGCUGAGCAGGGGUCCGUCCUGUUGGGACGACGUCCUCCUUCAGGGUCGUAUCCAUGGCAUCUGUCAAUCAGAAGGUUGUCACGGCAACGAGACGGAGUUUUACAUGAAGUGUGCGACCCAUCCAACCCCAGAUGAUGACCUCUCUGUGGCCCUGGACCUCAUCAUGACCAACACCAGAGACGUGCCCUGUAUCGCCUGCACUGAUGUCAUGGACGUGGUCGUGGUCUUCCCAUGUUUGGAGCGUCAUGUGAUCUGUCUGGACUGUUUCCGUGGUUACUGUGAGGCUCGGCUCAGUGAGCGGCGCUUCGUCCAUCAUCCCGUCAUCGGAUACUCGCUGCCCUGUGCAGCCGGCUGUGAAGAUUCUCUGAUCAGAGAAGUGCAUCACUUCAGGGUCCUGGGAGACGAGCAGUAUGGGCGGUACCAGCGGUACGGGGCCGAGGAGUGUCUGCUGGCCAUUGGAGGACUGAUGUGUCCGUCACCUGGCUGUGGGGCGGGGCUUCUCCCACCUGACGGCAGCAGGAGGGUGGAGUGCGACCGACCGCUGGGCUGCGGCUUCAUCUUCUGCAGGGACUGCAGGGAGGGCUACCACCAGGGGCCGUGUCAGGCGGCACCGGCUCCGCCCACAGGGGAAGCCUCACAGGUGAGCCGGCCAAUCACAGAACCUCCGAGUACGUCAGCUCGGACCAAUCCUCGCCGUCAUCACCUGCUGAAGACAGGACUUCCUGUCUGCUCCUCAGGGCUUCCUGGUCGGGGGGGAGGCGGCUCUCAGGGGGAGGUGGGACCGAGAAUCUCUGCUGCUGAUCCAGGAGACGACCAAACGCUGCCCCCAGUGUUCAGUCCCUGUAGAGAGGAAUGGCGGCUGUAUGCACAUGGCGUGUCCUCGCUGUCAGACUGAGUGGUGCUGGUUGUGUGGCGUACCGUGGAACAGAGACUGUAUGGGAAACCACUGGUUCGGAUAAACGUCCAGCAGCAGUUAGCUGUAGAGCCACAACCCCCCCCCCCCCCCCCCCCCCACACACACACACACACACACACACACACACACACACUCACGAGAUUACCGUGACAACCUGAUACAGCCUGAUUUCCAGCUGGACUCUCUGAUGUUCUGAUGAUCCUGAAGGAACCUAGGAACCUACAGACUGGAAGAACCUGUGACUCAUUAAAUGUUGUUUUUGUUUCUGUGACCUCAAAUAAAACAAACCUAUCAAAGAGUGA